AUGGCCUCUGCAUCUUCACAUCACAAAGACCCGGCGCAUGUCAUCUCCGGACUCAAAGCAACUAUCAGCAAUCCGAACACAUCUGAUGAGGCUAAAAAUCUCGCGCAGGAGCGGCUUAAGGAGCUCACUGGAGUAAGUGGGCAAGAGGAUCAGCAACAUGUAAACCGUAUUCUCGGUAAGAUUGUCGUUUCACUAGCAAGUGGAUACAAGGCAACCCUCCACAACGAAGGGACGUCCAAAGAAGCCAAACAGCAUGCUCGUGAGAUCCUCGAAGCCGCAGGAAUUGAUCCGAGUGAUCUCAGGACUGACGCUGAGCAUGAAACGCGAGUUAUUGCUGGGUACAAAGCCGCUUUGCACAACCCUCGAGUGUCGCCGGGAGCUAAGAAGCACGCUGAAGAGUUUCUGAAGGCUCACAAGGCGCUCUAA